AUGACUUCUGGGGCCGAGAUCGUCGCCAACAGCCUCAAGGAGCUAGGCGUCGAGCACAUUUUUGGAAUUGUUGGAAUCCCGGUUAUCGAGGUGGCUGAAGCAUGUAUUGCCAAGGGCAUCAAUUUCAUUUCUUUUCGCAAUGAACAGACGGCGACUUAUGCCGCCAGUAUCUACGGCUACCUCACGGGGAAACCAGGUGUUACUUUGGUUGUUGGGGGUCCUGGCGUUGUGCAUGCACUUGCCGGUGUCGAGAAUGCGCGAGUCAACCGGUCUCCGCUGCUUGUCCUUGCCGGCUCGUCGGAGACUCAUCAAAGGGGAAUGGGGGCUUUCCAGCAAUUGGACCAGGUGGCUUUGAUGCGAUCGCAUACAAAAUUCGCAGAGCAGCCGGCUACUCCUAGUGAUGUUCCCCGUCUGAUUGAGCAAGCGUACCGGUACUCUUACUUUGGCAAAGCUGGUGCCACAUACGUUGACCUGCCGGCUGAUAUCAUUCAAGGAAGCGGCACCAUUACUAGUCCUUUGAAGGUUGCUGGUCCGCCUCCUCGGUCAAUUGCAGAUCCUCAUCGCAUCGCUAAGGCUGCAGCUCUCCUCAAAUCAGCAAAAUUCCCUCUUCUUAUUGUCGGCAAAGGGGCUGCGUAUGCUCGGGCAGAAACCUCCAUCCGGGCAGUCCAGUCGCAAACAAACGUCGCAUUUCUACCUACUCCUAUGGGAAAAGGCGUUGUACCUGACUCUGUGUCCACCAACAUGUCUGCUUGCCGAUCUGGUGCUCUUAAACAGGCUGAUGUUAUUUUGGUGCUUGGGGCCCGUUUGAAUUGGAUCCUUCAUUACGGACAGGCACCAAAGUUUGCCAAAGAUGUCCAGAUCAUUCAAGUUGACAACGACGCCGAUGUCCUUGGAGACAAUGGAGGAAGUGCUGAUUUAGGCAUUCUGGGCGAUGUUGACUUGGUUGCCACUCAGCUUUUGCAAGCUUUAAAAGGGUGGAAAGCGCCGAAUAUCCCUGAAGCCCUGGCUAGCACAAGAGAAAAGAACGAGAAAAAGGCGGCUGCAAAGGAGCAACAGCCUGCGAAUCAGCUGUUGAAAUACGAGCCCGUUUAUAAAGUCAUUCGCAACCGCUUGGCAAACGUCAAGGCACCAAUCGUGUUUGUAUCCGAAGGUGCCAACACCAUGGAUAUUUCCCGCUCCUCGUUUCCUCUAGAUUCUCCGCGAUCGCGACUGGACGCUGGUACCAAUGCUACUAUGGGAGUUGGUCUUGGCUAUGCUAUUGCCGCAAAGACGGCCAACCCCGAGUCAAUUGUGGUAGCUAUUGAAGGAGACUCUGCGUUUGGGUUUUCUGGUUUGGAAAUUGAAACCGCCGUAAGACACAAGCUCCCCAUGAUAAUUUAUGUGAUGAACAACUCGGGCGUUUACCAUGGCGUCGAUCCCGGACUCUACAAAACAAACAAGCCGCUGCCGUCUACAGCACUCAGUUUAGACGUUGCAUACCACAAACUGGCUGAAUCACUCGGAGCAAAGGGCUUCCUGGCCAAGACCUUGCAGGAAGUCGACCAAGCCACUAAAGAAGCUUUGUCUAACGACAGCGUCAACCUUAUCAACGUCAUUAUUGAUCCAGCUAAAGAUAAGAAAUUGGAGUUUGGAUGGAUGGCGAGCACAAAGCCCGCUAAACUUUAG